GCCUCAUCACUGACCCCCCGAGGUCGUACGCCAAGGCGCUCCAACGCGGAGGCUUGUAUGCCGACGCCGACGAGCUCCACAAUCACAAGAGAGAGGGGGGCCAUCCCCCCAAGAAGACAAAUCCUUCGCCGACCUCGGGCCCGUCCCAGACCGGCCAGGGUGCCCAGGGCCGCCACGGCUCUGGUGGACAAAGUAAGAAAGACCGUCACUGGCGGCCGAGGAUGGAACGGCCGGGGGUAGCCCUCACCCACCCGGUCGGCACCAUCCUCGAUUACGCCGAGAAGCACGGCCUCAUCGAGCAGGCUCCUCGGCCAGCCGAGGAGGUCCUGGCCAUCCAACAGGGCGGCACGUAUUGCCGGUUCCACAAGAACUCGUCGCACAACACCGAUGAUUGCAUCACAUUAAAGAAGGCCAUCGAGCGUCUUAUUCGCCAGGGGGAACUCUCCCAGUUUGUCAAAGGUGGCCCACGUAAAAACACUUGGGUAAACACCGGCAAAUGUGGGGGCGAACCCUCUGCGAAGAAGCGCGAGAUUGGUAGACUCAGCGACGACGAGGACUUCGAGGAGCCUCCGCCGAAGAAGAAUCACAUCCACCUCAUCGUGGGCGGGAACAAUGGGGGGGACUCCGCCACUCAGAGGAAGAAAUGGGCCCAAUCCCUUUACAUUGGAGAGGUGUCCCACGUUCCCCCCCAGCCGAAGAAGCAGCGAACGGAGGCGAUCACCUUCACCAACAAGGAUCUGCCUCCGGGUACGGAGUCACACAGGGACGCCCUCGUCAUCCGAUGUGAGAUCGGUGACUCCAUCAUCCACCGCACUUACAUCGAUACGGGGAGCUCCGUCAACGUGAUGUACCUAGACACCUUCAAGCAGCUGAAGCUGGACAGAGCUCUGCUGAAGCCGAUCAAGACCCCGUUAUCCGGCUUCACCGGGGACUCUAUCGACGCCGAGGGCACGAUAGUCCUCCCCGUGGAAGUCGGUGACGGCCCCCACCAUGCCAAAAUUGACAUGGAGUUCAUGGUGGUCAACCUCCAGUGCGCCCACAACUUGAUCUUGGGCCGGCCAGCGCCGGAGGACUUGGAGGCCAUCAUCUCCAUGAAGCACCUAUGCUUGAAGUUCCCCACCAGCGACGGCAUCGGCUACGCCAGAGGAAAUCAGAGGAUAGCCAGAGCUUGCUACCUCAAGCUGACGAGGCCGGCCGUAAGGGAGGGACAGCGGAUAGAUACCAUCACGGCCGCCGCCGCCAUGGACGAGGAGAGGCCACAUGCGGAGCCAGCCGAGGAGGUCGAGGAAAUCCCUCUGGAUACCUCCCGGCCGGAGCGGGUUCUCAGGGUCGGAAAGCAACUCCCCCAGGACCAGCGAGACGCCAUCCUCCUCGUCCUACGGUCAUACGCCGUUGUCUUCGCAUGGGGCCCGGACGAUAUGCCCGGCAUCAGCCGCCAGGUGAUCACCCACCGGCUGACCGUCGAUUCGGCCUCCGCGCCCGUCAAACAGAAGCGGCGCUACUUGUCCGCUGACAGGCGGGACUUCGUCAAAGGGGAGGUCGCCAUGCUCCUAUCAAUCAAACAUAUCAAAGAGGUGAAGUACCCAACAUGGUUGGCCAACGUCGUCCUUGCACAGAAGCCGCCGACGUUCAGAAUGUGUGUUGACUACACUGACCUGAACAAGGCGUGCCCCAUGGACCCGUUCCCUCUCCCCAACAUCGAUCAGCUGGUGGACGAGACGGCGGGGUGCGAGUUGAUGUCUUUCCUCGACGCUUUCAGAGAGUACCACCAUAUCUCCAUGCAUGAAGGGGACGCCGAGAAGACGGCAUUCAUGACCCCAGAGGGGAUCUUUUGCUACCUCGUCAUGGCCUUCGGACUCAAAAACUCCGGCGCCACUUACACUAGGAUGGUGGCCAAGAUCUUCAGGGCGGUCCUUGGCCGGACGAUGGAGGCGUACGUCGACGACAUGAUCGUCAAGAGCAGGCAGGCCACCUCCCACGCCGACGACCUCCGGGAAAUCUUUGAGAUAAUGAAGGAAUUCAGGCUCCGCCUCAACCCCAAGAAAUGCGCCUUCGGCGUCCAGGGUGGCAAGUUCCUCGGCUACAUGGUCAGCCGGAGAGGCAUCGAGAUAAACCCGGAAAAGACGCAGGCCAUCAUCAACAUGGAGCCGCCCCGCAACGUCAAGGAGGUACAGCGACUGACGGGGCGCCUGGCGGCAUUGAACCGUUUCCUCUCCAGGUCAGCGGAGAAGGCACUCCCCUUCUUCCAGAUCAUGCGCAAGGCAAACAGCUUCAAGUGGACGACGGAGUGCCAGGAAGCAUUCGACGAAUUGAAAAGGUACCUGUCGUCCCCACCCGUACUCUCCAAGCCCAAAGCCGGCGAAACCCUCUUCCUGUACUUAGGGGUGAGCACGUCGGCCAUCAGCUCCGUGCUCAUCCGUGAGGACGAAGGAGUGCAGAAGGCCUCUCGGCGCGCUCAUGAGGAGCCCCACUAGCUCCUCGAGGAUGGUGAAAUGGGCGAUCUUCCUCAGUCAGUUUCAAAUUGAGAUCAAGCCAAGGCCGUCUAUCAAAGGGCAAGCCUUGGCCGACUUCGUCAUCGAGUGCACAGCAAGGGAGACGGCCGUCGCCAACCCCGGGCCGGAGCCGGACGACACGUGGACCUUGUUCACUGACGGCUCGUCGGCCGCGAAAUCAUGCGUCGUCGUCGUCGUCCUCAUAUCCCCUGAAGGAUUCAGAGCCUACUAUGCCAUCCGCUUCAACUUCAGGGUAUCAAACAACGAAGCUGAGUAUGAGGCCCUCCUCAGCGGUCUCAGACUCGCCGCCGGCCUCAAGGCCAAGCACCUCAGAAUCAAGUGCGACUCCAAGCUGGUAGUGGGCCAGGUGGAGGGAUCGUACGAAGCAAAGGAAGGCCGGAUGAAACAGUACAAACAAGCGACGGAGGAAUUGCUGAAAGCGUUCGAAACCCAUGAGAUCACUCAGAUCCCAAGGGCCGAGAACGCCGAAGCCGACAUCCUCUCCAAGCUCAGCUCGGACACCCCGGAGCACAUCUCCCAAUUGGCCAAGAUCGAGGAGUUGAGCAUGUCCAGCAUCCACGCCAGCCCCGUCUUGUGCGUCCGACAGCGACCAGAGGACUGGAUCUCCGACAUCGCCACCUUCAUCACAACGGGGGAGCUGCCCCCGGACGAGGAGAGGGCCAAACUUGCCAAACUCAGGGCCCCAAGCUACACCAUCGAAGAUGGCAAACUCUACAAACGGUCCUACAAUGGCACUCUCCUCCGAUGCCUGCACCAGGAUGAGGCCGAUACCGCCAUGGAAGAAGUUCACUGUGGCGUCUGCUCCUCACACCAGGGUCCCUUCAGCAUGUCCAGGCGUCUCGUCGUCCAGGGCUUCUUCUGGCCGACGAUGGCACGGGACUGCGCUGACCUGGCCAGGAAGUGCACCACAUGCCAGGUACUCCAGAAAGCCCCUGGUCGGCCAGCUGUCAAUUACGCCCCUGUCAGCACCGCAAUUCCAUUCUCUAGAUGGGGGAUUGACCUGGUCGGCCCCCUGCCCAGGGCCGCCGGAAAUAACCGCUACAUCAUCGUCGCCGUCGACUACUUCACCAAGUGGGUCAAGGCGGAACCCUUGGCCAGCAUCACGGGGGCCAGAUGCCAAAGAUUUGUUUACAAGAACAUCAUUACACGCUUUGGCGUCCCCCAGGAGAUUAUAUCAGACAACGGCACCCAAUUCGAGGCAGCCCCUUUCCAGGAGCUCCUCCGGGAGUUUGGGGUGAGGCACCGUUUCUCCUCCGUUGCCUAUCCUCAGGGCAACGGGCAGGUCGAGAACGCCAACAGAACAAUCAUGGAGGGGCUAAAGAAGAACCUCCAGGCCGCAGGAGGUAGUUGGGUCGACGAGCUCCCCAACAUCCUGUGGUGAUACAGAACCACGCCGAGGAGGGCGACAGGCGAAACACCUUUCGCCCUAUGCUACGGCUUUGAGGCGAAGGCGCCCACGGAGGUAGCCAUCCCCAGCCGGCGAGUGGAGCAAUAUGAGCCUGACACCAACGAAGAGAACAUGAAGAUUGACCUACACCUGGUUGAUGAGAGGCGUGAGCAAGCUUACGUCCGAGCAGAGAACUACCGGCGUCAAGUGAAAUCAUACUAUGACGCCAAGGUACGUUCCCGGGAAUUUCAGGUGGGGGACUACGUCCUCCGCCGAAGGGAAGCAAGCCAGCCGACAGAGGGUGGCAAGCUAGCAUUGAAGUACGAAGGGCCCUACAUCGUCAGUGCCGUGGUCAAACCCGGCACCUACAAACUUAAACGACCGAAUGGGUCCAAUGUACCACGAACAUGGAAUGUACAUCAUCUGUUGAAGUUUUAUCAGUAAUCCGAAGGAGGUGUAGACGGCGAAGCCCUCACCCCUUAACGGGUUACUGAUUGAACGCCACCCUCGGCCUCGAGCCACUUAUGAAUAAAAUCAUGUUCUGAUUUUUUCUCUGGAAUUUAAAGUAAAAACAUUAGCAGGUGCCCUCGUCGGCCACCUUAGAGCGAAAGGCUCAGGUCUGGCCGACAUGGCCCCUUGCAUUUGCAGCCUACGAGCGACAAGCUCAGGCACUCCAUUGUACUUUGUAUCAGCGAAGGGCUCAGGCCUAGCUGAGAGAGCACAUCGUCCUGGCCCCGUAAACCUAGAAGUGAAACGCACAGGUAUGGCCGACGAUGUCCCCAGGACGAGGGGCCCGCAAACGGCCCACGUCUUGAAACGGGAAGCUCACCGCGUCGUACACGCGCCAGAUCGCAGGACGACAGGCCUGAAAUCAUGGCCGAGGUGACAAAAUCCCAAAACUCAGGGAUGGGCAACGACAGCCGUUGGAAACCGACCAAAAGUCUAGCCCGCGUCAUAAAUAGGCGACGGGACCCGCCCUGAGACCACGAACGUUAUAAACGAAGUCCGAACCGGCCGAAGGACGAGCACACCCUUCGGCCGAAGCCUGAAAGAAGGAUACCCCCCCGAAACGAAAAAAAAAAAAAAAAAAAAAGAAAAAGAAAAAAAAAACAUACAAGGGAAAAAGAGGGAAGCCGACGGCCGCGCACACUUGCCGGCCUCGAGCAAUGAAAAAAUAAAAUCCCCAAAAUUCAGGCCCAUUUCGGCCAAGUACAUAUCAGUUGAACACAAGUUUAGUACCACAGACAGGCAGCAUGGACGACACGUCCACGCACCACGAGGGAACAAUCAAGGCCGAUACACACGCCUUAAAAAACCCUAACCACAUCGGUUGGGUGACACGCGAGAGGUGACCUUCAUCGGCCAUGGACCUUUGAGGCACCAACGCUGGGUAUGAACCAAGGCAUCGCAAUCCUGAGGCUGACCGGGACGAAGCGGGCACAGCACCUCGGAUGGCCGACGCAGGCACUGGAACCAUAGCUAGCCGACGAAUACAGGACCAUCUUCUUGGACAAGCUAUUUUUUGUCCAGCACCCUCAUCGGCCACAAGCCAGACCUCGGCCGGCAGUGGCACCGCGAAGAAGUAAACGCCUAACAUUUAUACUUAGGAAAUUAUCUAAGUACUAAAAUGGAGAAACUCUAGCCGAAGCGGGUACCAGUAUACUACAAAGCCGUUAGCCACCUACACCUUCACAUGUGUACUUAUGAAAAAUUCAAAGUCCACGAGACUAUGGUGAAGGUGCCCUUAUCGGCCAGAACACAGGGAUACAAGCCGCCAACGGCCAUGGCCAGAUGUAUCCAAGGCCAGGACGAUGAGGACGCCAACGCUAAAACAGAACGGACACUACGGCCAAGGCUACAAACGGAAGCACCUAAAAGAAAUCCAAAACACUUAGGAAAUUGUCUGAAAAAAUCCUAAGUGUUAUGAUGGCAAAGGAACACCGGUCAAGCCGACAAGGCCACCAGGCCGAAAGGAAAGCACCUAAGUGGAUCCCAAAACACUUAGAAAAUUUUUGAAAAAUUCCUAAGUGUUAUGAAACUACGUCCAAGCCGACGAAGCCACUAGGCCGUAAAGACGGGAUCUACACGGACCCAAAAACACUUGGGGAAUUUUUUCCCAAGUGUUAUGACAGUAAAUCAAAAAGGCAUAGGCCGACCAGACUACUGGACGGGAAGGCCAACCUCAAGGACGUAGCAGACACUCGCGGGUGACCCAAGUUAUGACUUGAUACUUGAGACAAUUUACAGAAUUGAAAUGACAGCUAACAAGCACACAAAGGAUUCAAGGCCGAACAGGACAGCAAAAAUUUCCUCGAUUGAUAAAAUUCAUUACAAUUGGAGGGCACUACGGCCAUUACAUAAUUGGGCAAAAAAAUGAAAAGCUAACUACAAUAGGGACUAGCCGAUCAAGCCUCCGGGGCUGGCUCUUCAAUCUCGUCGGCCCCCUCCUCAUCGGCCUCAGCUUCCUGGCCGGCAGCGGCGCUGGUGGCAUCAUCCAAGAAAUCGAACUCGGUAUAGUCCGGCUCGCCGAGGCCGGAGCUUUCUAUGGGGGACUCCCGCUCCGACAGCGGAAGCGCGGCCUGCCCUUCGGGAUCCUUCAUCAGCUUUGGGAGCUUCAGGUUUCGUCUAGCCCAUCCGGCCGUGUAAUUCAUGGCCUUCAACGCCCGGGAUAGCCGCCGGUACAGGAGCCUUUGCAUCCGCUCCUGCCCCAGGUUGUAGUAAACAGACAUCUCCUGGCUGAAAUACUCCCGGCCGGCAGGGGAGUUCAUCCCCCAAUUCUCCAGCCUGGCGGCCACCACCUCGUAACACCAGGGGAGCCUCUCAUCGGCCUUCCACCCUUCGGCCAAGAACUUCUCAACAGCCUCAUCGGCAGCCCUCACAACGGCGGCUUCGGCCUCAGCUUUCGCCUUGGCGGCCUCCUCGCUCCUGCGCUUCUCGGCCUCAAGCGCUCUACGGGACUCCUCAAGCUCCCUUCUGCUCUCUUCGAGCUUGACCAGGGCAUCGUCCCUGGCCGCGACGGCCUCAUCAGCUUUGGCCUGCAGCGCCUUGGCAUCCUCCCGGAGCCGGUCAAGGCAAGCUACCGCCUCGUCGGCCGAGGCAGCCUUCUGCUCCAGUGCUUGCAGGCGGGCAAUCUCCCAGUACUGCCUCUUAUGGCUUUCCAUAAGCAUGAAGGCACUCUGCAGAAGAAAAACUAAGGUCAGGCAAAAAACUCUACAUAGCCGAAGAAAGACAAGGAUAUAAGGACAUCACUUACUUGGACGAGGAGAUCCAUGCCACCCUCGUAGAUCUUCGGCUCCUCGAGCUUCUUCAGAUGAGUCCGAUCUUUGGCCGGCAUGGCCUUGGCCAGGACGACAUGGCCGGGGACGAGCUCAUUGAACACGCCCCCGCCGACGGGGUACUCUAUCACUUUCUGAUAGGUAGCACCGGCAACCUCUUUGCCGGCCCUCUGCGUCCGUGGUUCCUGGACGAGAGGAAGCGCCGGGGCGGCACCAUCAGCAACAGUAAGGUCCACGACGGGACCACCAUCGCCCACGCUGGGGACGGUAAGCGUACCGGCCUCACUGGCCGGAGAAGGGGAAGGAGCCCUCUUCGUCUUCUUAGAGACGCUCACGCCGGCCUCGGUCAACUUCUUCUGGCCGUCAGUGGCCGGUCUCUUUUUCUUGGACGGGGCAGGCUUUGGGGCCGCAUCUGCAUUAGCCCCGCCCACACCGGCCGCGGCACGCCUGGCCGCUUCGGCCGCCUUAGCAGCAAUCUCCUCGGCCGCUUUGGCCUUCGCAAUCGCCAUCAUAGAACGGCGGUCCAUGACAAAAUCUACAAGGGAAAAGCACAAACAGAUUAGUAAGGCAAAGGACAAAACGUAAAGACACAAAGCCGAAGAAGAAUUACCAUCGGCCUCAGCGGGAAUGCCCAAAGGCGGGCCAUCGGCCUCCUCAAAGUUGGUGGUCAUCCUCGGCCAGAGUUGGAGGUCAUCCUCCUUAUCUCCA